GAAUGCAAUGACUGUAACACCUAAUGUUGACAGGCAAGAUGGCGCUGACUUUGAGAAGUGGAUAUCUGGAGAUGCUGAGAACGUGUUGGAGAUUACAAGCACGUCAUGUGAAAAUUCCUGUUCUUAAUCAAAUGGGACUUCUGUAUCCUGCAAUAGCACGUCAUCGAAGUUCUCAGAGCAAAUUACCAUCAAGCAGUUAUGUACCACCGACGUCCUUAUCCAGACCACCGUGGCCAGAAGUGUCCUAUAUCAGCAGUGACGAAGAGGAGAGGCAGCACAAAGUGGUUCUAGAAAAUGUGAACACCCUUCUUGCAAAGGAAGACUAUGGAAGGCUUUUUGCAGUUGUCCAUUUUGCAAGUCGACAGUGGAAAGUGACAAAUGAAGACCUGAUCCUCAUUGAAAACCACAUUGAUGCUGAAUGUGGUGACAGGAUUAGACUUGAGAAGGUGCUGCUGGUUGGUGGAGAAGAGUUCACGCUGAUUGGGAGGCCCCUACUUGGUCGUAAUUUGGUCAGAGUAGAGGCAACUGUCAUUGAGAAGACUGAAUCCUGGCCCAAAGUUCACAUGCGGUUCUGGAAAAGACACAGAUACCAGAAGAAAAGAAUUAUUGUGCAACCACAAACAGUGCUUCGGAUCAACACAAUUGAAGUCGCUCCCAGAUUGACAUGAUGCUACAUGUUUUGAAUUGUAAAUAAACUUUUGGCUAAUGAAUGUGCCACUGAAAUUUGGAACACAUGCUCAGUUGAAAAUAUAAAUGGGAAAACAUAGUUAUGGACAACAUUUGGUGUCUUUCAAGGAAUCUUUGUAAAUGUGCCUUUUUAUGUAAUCAGAUGUGUUGUAUAAGUACAAUUUAAGCAAACUGUCAUAGGUCAAUUGUUUAUGAAUCUGUUAUGAAAUUGGUGAAAUCCAGGCCCAGUUUCUCACCUAUAUGACAAAUAGCCAUAGGACACCUAUGAUAUCAUGUUGCACAGUGGAGAAACCUAGCUUGAAGACAGCAAAGAAGGAUAACAUAAUAUAGUAAGUGAAAAUCUGGGACAUGGUGUAUUUUCACACUUGUUCCCUUUCAGCCAAGUUUUGUGAACUCAGUGUGGUUCGCUUAAUUUUUUUUGCAGUGUGAAUACCCCAAAAUAACUCAGAGAGGUGGUCUCAGUUCGGUUCCCUUUUUUAGGACAAUGUGAAAACAAAGCUCCCCAAGUUCGCUUGUCAUUAUUCGCGCACCACACACUAGACUACUGCAACACCGUUUCCCCUGCUAUAAACCCUCACGUUGGUGCCACAAAGAGAGAUGAUGCAGGUUCCAUGGAAGAAAAUGUGUGCUCAUUUUGGUUAUUGAUUAGUGAUUUGUCAACGAGUUUUAUUCAUUAUAAUCAAUAUUGUAAACAAGUAAUUACAAAAAAAUUGGAUCUAUUGGCUGAGAGCUUCAUAAGCUGUUUAUUGUUUGUGGAGUUUCAAUAGUGAGAAGACAAUAUAUUUGGUGAGAAUCGCAACAUAGGGUACACAAUUUAUUCUAGCUCUUAAAGGGGCAGUAGCCUACCUUGGGUGUACAAUUUUCAAUGACAGCAUUAUUUAUUCUGUAGUUGUACUAUUACUAUGUAUUCUGUUACCAAUCAAAUGUACAUGUUACUAGUAUCUUCCGAUUAUAAUUACUGUACUUUUUCACGA